AUGGCAGAAUUAUCAUCAGACGAGAUUGCUACGGUAGAGAUAUACCCUUUAAGGAACUCACUCGAUCGGGUGCGUGGCUUUCUCCAAGGAGCUGCUGAGCAGUCUCAUGGUGGCGCUGCUGAUGGCCCUGAUCAAACCUACCAAAAGGCAAUAUCAAAAGCCCUGAUUGCUUUGAUGGAUGCAAAAGCGGCUUAUAACCUUCGUCCGCCGAUAAGCAGCCAUGAUCAUUACCGACCACUUGUCCAACUCAUCAUCCAGAAAGCACCUGACACUGAUAUCUGGAAGGCCGUCUGCAACCUCAUCACCACUGUCACACAUGCUGAAAAAUCCACACCUCCACCUAGGCAAUCUUUACCAAUCUUACAAACGCCGCGCUCGCGAAACACCAGCAGCCUUGCCAACUCGUCGGAUCUCCAAGGAGAUAUUGACCGUGUCCUGAGGGAGGAGCUUUUGGAAGAUCUCCAUGCAGACGUCCCUGGCUUUUAUGCAGCUUACUUUGAUGACAUCGAAGGUCUCGUCUCGACCGCGCAGGCUAUGUUUGAGAACUACAAGACUAGCGAUAGCCCUCUCUACCGCGAAAAUGGAUGGAAGGAUUGGCCUGACCAUGCGGACGAAAAAACUGUACUGGAAUGGCUUACUGAAGUCAUCAAUCAGCUUGUGCAGUUUGCAGAAAUUCAUGACCCAUCUCGAACAGUUGUCCGCCGACACUUAGCUCAGCCCGCUCAACUAGUAGCCGGAUCUACUGCAAAGCGAAAGCUUGAUAUAGGCUUUGUGGAUGACCCUCAUGCCAUGCUGGACAAGAGAUACGAGUGGUCGCAGAUCCUGGUACCAGGAGAGCUGAAGAAUGACCGAAAGUAUGACAUCCCUUCUGGGGCGCGGCUUGACCUGGCAAGGUAUGCUCGAGAGGAUGGCCUUCAGUUCAUCACAGUGAUCCUGGGGUUCCUCUUCAUGAACCGACGGCAGCUCGGCUUCGACCCGACUGUUGUCACAGUGGAUGGUCAACGCUGCAUCGAGAUUGAGCGCGAUGGCAAGAAGGAGCAUCUGGUGAUUGAUGGGGUGAUCCUGCGGGCACAUUGUGUCGCGGGACGAGCCACCACCUGCUGGAAAGCGCAUCGCCAAGGGGACGAGCGGAUCCUGGUGGUCAAAGACUCCUGGCAGUACCUGGAGCGCGAUGAGGAAGGGGAACUGCUGCGCGAAGCAAUGGAGAGUGGAGUCACGAAUGUUGCUCGAUAUUACUUUCACGAAACUGUCCAGGUGGACGGCAAGGACGAUGAUGUGCGGACCAUUCGAAAGGGUCUAGAGGCCCCGAAACCCAAGCAAGGUAGCUUGCAGGUGGCCCUAAGAAGGAGUGCAUCCAAUAGAGGCCGUGCCAGCCAAAGCAGCGGCAUCGGGCGGAAACGAUCUUCCGAUUGCGUCGAUACGGUGUUUCCCCCUCCCCCCAGCAAGCGCACCCAGUCCACCUCGCCAAUGAAGCGUCCCGCGGGCAGCCCACUGAAUCGAGUGCAUCGUCGUGUCAUUGUUCAAGACUACGGGAAGCCUAUCUACGAAAGCAGUUCAAGAGUGGCUCUACUGGUCGGAAUGGAAGGCUGCAUUGUAGGGUACGAAUCCCUGUACUCCAGCGCCCGGUUGAUCCAGAGUGAUAUCUCACCACGAAAUCUUUUGAUCAAUGAGAAUGAGGACAACCCUUCGUGGCGAUCCUUCCUGAUCGAUCUCGACCUUGCCAUCCGAACAAAACGCGAUGGGUUCUUAGGAGCGUGA